AUGGUUGCUAGCCUUGCCAAGGUCUCAGCACUAACGAUAGCUGUGCUAGCUGCUUCCACGAAAGCGCAUAAUCAGAUGACGGUACCAGUGGCAACUUGGCCCGAAGGAUUCUACAACAAAAAUAGCCCGUCUGGUACUAUUGAUGCUGCUGCAGCAUUGCCCAUCCCUUCAGGCAUGUCGUACACCACAGACCAGGUUUCAAAUACCAAGGCGUAUUGGACAGCAUUUAACGCGAGCAAAUACAAGACGUUAAAGGAACUUGCUUGGGCUACUCAAAAACUGGAGAAAGGUGCCUCGAAAGAGUGUGGCUUUUCGCUAGUUGAUGGUGAGCCUCAAGAACUUCCUGAUAAAGUGGAGUGGGAUGGGUUCAUUCACUAUGGCCCAUGUGAAGUUCAUUGCGACGAUAAGCUAGUUUUUCAAAACUGGAAUUGUGCAAUCGAUUUUAAAGAUGGUAAGCUGCCCUACGACAAAGCGGCUUGUGCAGGCGCAUCGGUGCUUACGUCAUAUUGGAUCGGUUUGCACACAACCCCGUGGCAAAUAUACACCAAUUGUGCUCCGAUCAAAGGAGGCGGAGCCGGCGGAUCGAAACCAUCGACACCUGCGGCAGAUACACCCACACAGAGUGAUACGCCCUCCACACCGACUGAAACUGAAACUGAAACACCAUCCGCUACACCUACGGAUACUGCAACGCCUCCUGCUGCACCGAGUCCGGAGCCAUAUACCCCAGAUACCGGUGAUACAAGUACGCCAGCAACUCCACCGGCUGACAAGUGUGCAGUGCGUCGUCGUCGUCGCUAA